GAUUAUGAUUCUUGACACAAUUUUAGGAUCUGAAUUUGCAUUUGUAUCUCUGUAUAUAUAUUCUUGAUAAGAGAGUGGUGGAAGCAGAUGGCAUAGCGAAGAAAUGGAGAAGUCUUAAUGGAGAGAGCAAUUGGACAAAUCUACUAGACCCUCUGGAUCACGAUCUCCGGCGUUACAUUAUUCACUACGGUGAAAUGGCUCAAGCUACCUACGACGCUUUCAAUUCCCAGAAGUUAUCCAAAUACACCGGAAGUAGCAUCUAUUCUAAAACGAAUUUCUUCUCCAAGGUGGAUCUGAAGAAAGCCAACCCAUUAUGCAGGUAUGAGGUUACAAGGUUUUUCUAUGGAACGUCGGGGAUUCAGGUACCGGAGGCGUUUAUUCUAAAGUCAUUGUCGAGGGAGGCUUGGAGCAAAGAAUCCAACUUUAUGGGGUACGUUGCGGUGGCCACGGACCAAGGGAAGAAGGUUUUGGGGCGGAGGGAUAUUGUGGUGGCAUGGAGAGGGACGGUUCAGUCGCUGGAGUGGGUUAAUGAUUUUCUGUUUAAUAUGGUUUCUGCUGACAAGAUUUUUGGGCAAGGUAGUGAUGUUAAGGUGCACGAAGGUUGGUAUUCUCUUUACACUUCGGAUGACCCUCGUUCGCCCUACAACAAAAGAAGUGCCAGAGAUCAGAUUCUUGAGGAGGUGAAGAGACUAGUGGAAACAUACAAGAACGAGGAGAUUAGCAUAACCGUAACGGGCCACAGCUUGGGUGCGGCAGUUGCAACAUUGAAUGCGGUAGACAUAGUUUUCAAUGGCUACAACAGAAUCUUGAACAGGUCCUGUCCUGUUACAGCCUUCGUAUUUGCUAGUCCCCGAGUGGGAGACUCCAACUUCAGCAAAACAUUUUCUAGUCUCCAGGAUCUUCGAGCCUUACGCAUCCGUAACGCCUUAGAUGUUGUCCCCACCUAUCCCUUGAUUGGUUACUCGGAUGUGGGAGAAGUGCUACAGAUUGACACCCAAAAGUCCCCGUACCUGAAGAGUCCUGGAAACUUGGCAACUUGGCAUGCUUUGGAAAUUUAUUUGCAUGGAGUAGCAGGAAGUCAUGGGAAUCAAGGGGGAUUUUCGUUGGAGGUCAAUCGAGACAUUGCACUUGUAAAUAAAGCAAAUGACGGUUUAAAGGAUGAAUAUCUUGUGCCAGUGUCUUGGAGGGUUCUGAAGAACACAGGCAUGGUUCAACAGGCAAAUGGCUCCUGGCAGCUGAUGGACCAUGAAGAAGAUGACAUUGAUCCCUGAAUUUGAUUUCGUUUUAUUAUUAUUAUUAUUAUUAUUAUUAUUAUUAUUAUUAUUAACAAAAAGAAAGUGGUGAU